AUGGGGCAAGCUGCAACCUUACCCUGCAGAAGAGGGGGCACCUAUGUCAUGGAGCUCUAUGAAUGGUUCAGGAAGUUCAUGAACGAGUGUCCGAGCGGCCUGAUCACGCUGCACGAGUUCCGCAGACACUUCUGCAACGGCACGGUGGGCACGGAGUCGGCCGAAUACGCCGAGCAGAUAUUCCGCACACUGGACAACAACGGGGACGGCGUGGUGGACUUCCGAGAAUACGUGACGGCCAUCAGCAUGCUGAUCGAGGGCUCGCCCAUGGAGAAGCUGCGCUGGUCCUUCAAGCUCUACGACAAGGACAAAGACGGGGCCAUCACCCACGGAGAGAUGCUGGAGAUCAUGCAGGCUGUGUAUAAGAUGAGCGUUGCAGCCUCCAUAACGCAGCCCAACCCCCUGACUGCUGAGGAGUGCACCAACAGGAUAUUUGUCAGGCUGGACAAAGACAAUAACGCCAUAAUCACCUUAGAGGAGUUCAUCGAGGGUGCUCUGAACGACGUGUGGAUCCGGGAGAUGCUGGAGUGUGACCCCCACACCGUGAAGGUGGAGAGGCCCCUAAAGACCCCAGGACCACUCUAG